UAUACUUGUUCUCCUUAUGAAAACAGCAAUGUUGUAACAGCAAGAAGACGACGACAUCAGCAACACAAAUGUUCAGAUAUUAUACACACACAGAGACACACACAUUUUACUGGUGUGUUUUUGCAGGGAUAGUGUAUAAUGUUCAGGUGGUGACGGGAAACGUCAGGGGUGCGGGGACGAACUCUAAGAUUCAGAUGGUGAUGCACGGAUCCAAAGGCAUGAAGAACAGCGGGAAAAUCUUCCUGGAGGGAGGACAGUUUGAGCGCGGCCUCACCGACAUCUUCAACGUGGAGAUCGCAGCGCUGCUCAGUCCACUCAGCCGAGUCACCAUUGGACACGAUAACGGAGGGGUCAGUCCUGGCUGGUACUGCGACAAGGUGGUGGUUUUCUGUCCGUUUACUGGUAUUGAACAGACGUUCCCCUGCUCUAAAUGGCUGGAUGAGGACGAAGGUGAUGGGAUUAUCGAGAGAGAACUAUACGAGAUGGUGUCACUCCGACAGAAGAGGCAGAAGAAACAUCCAUGGUCGCUCUGGAUCUGGACGACGGAUCUUGCUGGAGCAGGAACAGACGCCUCCAUCCUUCUGCAGAUCUACGGAGAAAAGGGGAAAUCUGACGAGAUGAAGCUCGACAACAAAACGGACAACUUUGAGCAGGGCCAGCUGGACAAGUUCAUGGUCGAACUGCCGGAUUUGGGAAAACUGACCAAACUGCGUAUCUGGCAUGAGAAGAGGAAUCCGUUCGCCGGCUGGCAUCUGAGUCGAAUUUCCAUAAUGAAAACUCUCACAAAGGAGAAGUUUAAAUUCCCAUGUGAACGCUGGCUGGACACCAAUGAGGACGAUAAUGAGGUGGUGCGAGAGCUGCCGGCCACAGGAGAGCUGAUCGCUGAACCACUGCCUGUGGUGAAGUAUCGAGUGACCGUCUACACAGGGGAUGUGAGCGGCAGCGGGACGGAUGCGCAUGUGUUUCUGUGUCUGAUCGGGGAUCUGGGCGACACUGGUGACCGCAGCCUCAUCAACUGCAAGAACAACAUCAACAAGUUCGAGAGGGGAAAUGCUGAUGAGUUCAUCAUCGAGGCGGUCUCCAUCGGGGUGGUGCGCAGGGUUCGUAUCGGUCAUGACGGUCGGGGCGGAGGCUGUGGAUGGUAUCUGGAUAAAGUGACUAUCCGUGAAGAAGGACAGGCUGAAUCCCAGGCUGUGGAGUUCCCCUGCAGCAGAUGGUUCGACCGCAAUGAAGACGAUGGACAGAUAGUUCGAGAGCUGCAGCCGUUUGCAGAUGGACAGAGACUGUACAACGUCAGCUAUCACAUCGCGGUGAAAACAGGCAACGUCACCGGAGGAAGUUCAGACUCUAAAGUUUUCGUGAAGUUGUACGGAGAGAAAGGAGACACCAGCAAAAUGAUGCUCGCCGUCUCCGACAAUAAUCUGCGCAAUUACUUUGAAGUGGGACGAGUGGACAUCUUCACCCUCGACACUUUAGACAUCGGACAGGUAGGGAACAAAUUAUAAUUACUCAUAUUUAAUAUGAUUAUCUGUGGGCUGUAU